AUGGAUAGUGCAUACGAUCAAGCGCUGUACGAAAUCGGAGAUGAGGGGAAAUUUCAAAAGAGUUUCGACAUAAAGUACAAUGUUUUUUUAAUAUUUUUUUGGAGUAUGGUUUAUAUGAAUAUUAUUAUGUCUUUAGCGAUAACUCCAUAUACAUGUAAAUAUCCCGAGAAACCACAAAACUACAGCGAUUAUGAUUGGAAAUUGAAACAUAUACCACACCAGACGAAUUUAAAGGGUGAAAUUACAUUUGAGAGUUGUAUAAUUUACACUGACCCAGAUUUAAGUAAUAAAACAACAGAAUGUGAUUCUUAUAUAUACGAUACGACUUGGUACGGGACAACUAUACCAUCUGAAAAGAACUGGGUGUGUAAUCAAGAAAUAAAUAUAGCUAAUAUUUUCGCAUACAGUAAAAUUGGCGAAGCGUUUGGAUCGAUAUUCUUCGGGUGGUUCGGUGAUGUUUACGGACGUCGAGCUACUUACGUACUAUCACUUUCAUUGAUAGUUGUGGGCCGACUGGUAUCUUUGAUGGCUGGCUCGUCAUUUAUAAUAUUCGUAGUUGGAUGUAUUAUAGCUACUUUACCCUCGUGGUCUGUGCCUCAGACUCUUUCCGUUAUUUCCAUGGAAAUGUCAUCAUCUGGUCGAAGGUCUUUUACUACCUCGCUAAGAUACACAUCGUUUAGUGUUGGAUUGGCAGUUAUGCCUUUUCUUUAUUGGUGGCUUCGAGAUUGGAAAACAUUCGUGAUCGUCACCACUGCUCCUUUGUUGCCAUUUAUUAUGUUUUCCUGGAAUAUACCAGAAUCAGCACGAUGGCUGUAUGUAGAAGGGAAGUCAAAGCAAUGCGUCAAACUUUUAAAUAAAAUAGCCCAAGUAAAUAAUUCAAAACUAAAGCCUGACACCGAAAAGGAGCUUUUAUCGGUUAGGAAACAGAAGUCCUCUAGUAGUUUUGGAUCUUUGGCCUUAUUUACUGGAGCAAGAUUAGCAUUUAAUACAAUUUUAAUUCUUUUAUUAUGGGUUUUUGUAUCAAUAUGUUAUUCAGUACUAAUUUUGAGCACGGGUGAAAAAUCAGAUUCCAAUCCGUUCAUACAAUUCUCCAUUCAAGCUCUGGCCGAGAUCCCCUCCAAUUUUAUAGGAGCUUGGUUGUGUAACAAUAUUGGGAGACGACGUUCUGCUUCUGCUUCGUUCUUUGUCAUCGGAACUAUAUGGAUAAUUGUUGCUCUGAGAGAAAUGACAAGCGUUGAAUGGCUUCGCGCGUGGUGGAUUAGUACUGCACUAAUUACAAUUGGAAGGCUAACUAUAGCCGUUUCCUUUUUCGCAAUCAACUUACUGAAUUUGGAAAUAUAUCCUACCUGCCUCAGACAAUCAGGACUCGCCUUGGGAAAUGUUGUAUCGGGCAUGGCUUCAGCUCUAGCGCCUUAUAUUUUGUAUUUAGGACGCCGGGUCGAUCCACGUUUACCUGGCUUAAUUCUUGGGACUUCUUGUUUGCUAAGCGUUUUUAUUUCAAUGUUUUUACCGGAAACAUUAAACGCCAAGCUGCCGGAGACAAUAGAAGAUGCUAAAGUGUUUGGAAGUAAAAGAACUCAUUUUUCAAAAGUUUCUUGUGAAAUACAACGUACUGAAGAUUUUAGUUAA